AUGACUACCGUUGUCGCAGUCAACAGCUUAUCAUGGACCUUCCACAACUAUGGUCCCCUGACAACGACAUUCACACCUGCACCUAGCUGCUCCGGUACAUCCCACCUCAACAUGGGAACCAUUGACGACAAUUUCCCCUACCUGUCGUACAGGGUGCAAUGUGAAACUACCGAGUGGCCAGAAUGUGCGCCUCCCUCGACUACCACCCCGGCUCCGACCAGCAAUAAUGCGGAUUGGGCUUCUUCCGUGGGCCACUAUUACUCCCCUGGUUUGUAUUGUCCGUCGGGGUGGGAGACUGUCGGACUGGCUGGACGUGAUGGUGAUAAGCCUUGCACGAGUUCUGGGGUGAUGAGCUCUUACGGGACGAGCCACUGGAUUCCGGAUUUCAAUUAUGAGCCUAGCCUGCUGGCGAAGGUUUUGAAGCCUAGUGAGACUGUGGCGUUGUGUUGUCCUAGUGGCUUCACAGCAGACCCCAUCGGCGGAUGCUUCCAAGCAGUCCCCUCAUACACCCCCUCAACAGUAUGCGACGUCUACGAGGACACCACCCAUAGAGUCAGCAAGACGACAUCUACCUACACCACCGACGGCAGCACAAUAAAGGAAAUAAUUCGGAGUACAUCGACUAUUCGAACCACGGAAACCUAUUACGCGACUUUGACUGGUGGCGAUGACUAUCGCGAAUUUAUCACGCCUAUUAUGUUUGUUUCUGCAGUGACCUUAAUUCAUCAUGAGUCUGAUCUUUCUGCUACUGAGAAGACUACUACGGGUUCAAGUUCAGCUACAAGCACAGGCAGUGGAGUCGCGACUGGGACUGGGAAGCCGACCGGCUCCACGGGUACGGCUGCUUCGACCUCGAAUGCGGCUGUGAGAUUGGUGACACGGGGAUCUAGCUGGAAUGGCCUUGGUGCUGUCCUGGGCGUUUCUGUUGCUGCGGCGGCGUUGGGGGCAGCUAUUAUUUUGCCAUUCUAA